CUCGCCAGUUCGUUACAACCUCAACACGUACCUAUCUAUGUCAGUCUAUUCGGCUCUUAACAUAGACGGCGUCAUGAAUUAUAGAAAUAGAUGGAUUUUGUUUCGUCUUAUUACCCGGACUUUGCUAAACCCGGUGACCAAAAGUCCGUAUGAUGACUACCAUCAUCAAGCCGUAUUGCCUCUCUCAAGAGGAUAAAAUGCCAUGGAGUUCCUACAUCUUUCUUGAGGAGUAUCCUAAGAAUCAUUUACUCAUCUAGACGCUAUUUAUAUAGUAACCUUCUGUUCAAAUUCCAACUUUCUAAACACCAUCCUCUAUAGUACACUUAUCAUCAUGGCCAGUUUCUUCUUGGAAUUCGCAGCCGAACAGCGCCUCCAACUCCCACUCCUCGUCACACCCGAAACAUGUUCCGGCAAGACCUACAUCGUCACCGGCGCCAACACGGGCUUAGGCUACGAAACCUCCAAGCACCUCGUAAAUUGUCGAGCCAAGAAAGUCAUAAUGGCCGUCCGGAACCUCGAAGCAGGAGAAACAGCCAAGGCCGAAAUCGAAUCCGCAACAAACAACCGCGGCAUCGCGGAAGUAUGGUCCCUUGACUUAUCAAGCUUCGAUUCCGUAAAGUCAUUCGCGAAGAGAGUAAACAGCCAACUAGACCGCAUCGACGCUGUGAUUGAAAACGCUAGCGUGGCACAUGAUCGGUGGUCGACUGUUGAGGGAUACGAGGCAUCGACCACUAUCAAUAUCCUAAGCACCUUCCUCCUGGCAGUCCUCGUUCUCCCGAAGUUGACUGAGGUAGCGAAGCGCUAUGGGAACCUACCUCAUCUCACUAUUGUGACGAGCGGGGUCGCUUUUACGGCGAAGGAAGCCAUGGAUAGGAUAAGGGAUAAUCCACUUGCGGGGAUGAAUGAUCCGACGACUACCGACAUGAACAAAAGAUACCCUCUUACGAAGCUCUUCCAACACUACGCAGGCCGGCACCUCGCGACCUUAGUGCCUGUUUCAAAAACUGGAGUUGUCGUGAAUCUCGUUAACCCCGGUCUAUGUAAAACCAAACUGAGCCGAAACUCGAAAUUCUCCAGAUGGUUGGAAAUUUAUAUAACCAAUUUAUUGGUUGGCAGAAGCCAGGAGAUGGGUAGUCGACCUUUGCUGCACGCGAGUAUGGCGGGUGCGGAGAGUCACGGGCGCUAUGUUUCGUCUUGUGAGAUAAAGGAACACCAAGUUCCUGAAUGGGUCAAAGGCGAAGAAGGCAGGAAACUAGGGGAGAGAAUUUGGAAUGAUAUAGCAGUUGAGCUGGAGAAGAUUGAGCCCGGCUGUUUGGAUCGGGUGUUGCGACAUUAAGAUAUUUAUGUGCGAAGAUGUCGUGGGGGGUCUCGUUGAUUCGGUUUACAAAGGCCUGGUAACCCUCAAGGAUCGUUCGAA